ACCAGCGCAGUGAGUGUUUCGUGUGGAGUGCUGUGGAGCGUCUUCGGGUCAUGGGCCCGCGAAGCCGCGAGCGCCGGGCGGGAACCGUGCAGAGCACCAACGACAGCAGCGCCCUCAGCAAGCGAUCGCUGGCCGCACACGGAUACGUGCGCGACGCCUUCGCGGCGCUGCUGGUCCCGGGACCUGUGCGGCGCACGCCGCUGAUCCACCGCGGCUAUUACGUGCGCGCCCGCGCCGUGCGUCACUGCGUGCGCGCCUUCCUCCAGCGCACUGGCGCGCUCCCGGACCCGACCCGGGCGCAGAUUCUGUCUUUGGGUGCAGGUUCCGACUCGCUGUACUUUCGCCUGAAGGCUGCGGGCCUCCUGGCCCGGACUGCUGUUUGGGAGGUGGACUUCCCAGACGUGUCCCGGCGCAAGGCGGAGAGGAUCAGGGAGAUCCCGGAGCUGUGCUCGCUGACCGGCCCUUUCCAGCUCGGGGACUCGUCCUCCGCUCUGUGCUUCGAGAGCUCCGACUACCGCAUCCUGGGCGCGGACCUGCGUGAGCUCCCGCAGUUAGGCGAGACCCUGGACUGCGCGGGCCUGGACGCCACCGCACCCACGCUGCUCCUGGCCGAGGCGGUGCUCACCUACCUGGAGCCCGCCGAAGCCGCGGCCCUCAUCGCCUGGGCCGCCCAGCGUUUCCCCGACGCCCUUUUCGUAAUCUAUGAGCAGAUGAAGCCGCGAGACGCCUUUGGGCAAAUUAUGCUGCAGCACUUUCGGCGACUGCACUCUCCCCUGCACGGCCUGGAGCUCUUUCCCGACGUGGAGGCCCAGGUACGGCGCUUUCUUCAAGCUGGCUGGACUGCCUGCAACGCCCUGGACCUGAACGAGUUCUACCGCCGUCUUCUCCCCACCGACGAGCGUCGGCGGGUCGAGACGCUCGAGCCCUUUGAUGAGUUUGAGGAGUGGCAUCUGAAGUGUGCCCACUAUUUCAUCCUGGCAGCAUCUAGGGGAGACACGCUAUCGGGAACUCCGGUGUUGCCACCCCCAGAGGCAUCUUUUUGGGUAGAUCCUGUUUUGCCUUCAGGUUUUCUUUCUGCCAGACCAGUCACUAGUGACCAGCACUCCAGCCUGAAGAGAUAUGGCCACGCCUCUGUCCUCUUGAGCCCUGGCAUUAUUUUCAGUGCAGGAGGCUUUGGGGAAGAAGAGGGGAGGAGACACUGCCGAGUGAGCACGUUUCACUUGCUCUGGAGAUCCCGUGACUCUGAAUGGAAAGGCAGCCAAAUAAGUACUUUGGGGACUGGAGGCCAGUGGGAUGGACGCCUUUAUCACACCAUGACAAGGCUUUCAGAUACUCAGGUUCUGGUUCUUGGAGGGAGACUGUCCCCAGUUACUCCAGCUUCCGGGGCUCUCCAACUUGAAUUAUACAGAAGUGAGCCUAAUUGCCCCGAGAGUCAGACUGUAACAGUAACAGAGGCUGCCAUGGAAGAAGGUCCCAUGUUGUCAUGUUGGCGGCAUUCAACAACGGAAGUAUACUACCAGAAUCAAAGAUACUUACUUGUGUAUGGUGGCCGAAGUGUGGUGGAACCUGUACUAAGUGACUGUCGUUUCCUACAUAUAGAGACAAUGGCUUGGGUCCGAAUCCCAGUAGAAGGGGCAGCUCCCGAAGGUCGGCAUUCCCAUAGUGCCUGCGGUUGGCAAGGAGGAGCGCUUAUCGCCGGAGGUCUUGGGGCUUCUGAAGAACCACUGAGCUCUGUACUGUUUCUUAGACCAAAGUCCUCUGGAUUCCUCUGGGAAUCAAUAGACAUCCAGCCCCCCAUUACCCCAAGAUACUCUCACACGGCUCAUGUAUUUCAUGGGAAGCUGCUUCUGGUUGGAGGGGUCUGGAUUCAUUCCUCCUCUGUUCCUGGAGUGACUGUUAUCGACUUGAGUACCGGGUUGAGCUCUGAGUAUCCGCUCGACACGACAUCUGUGCCCUGGCCGGUCAUGCUGCACAGCCACUGCAGUGCCCUCCUCCCCGAAGAGCAGCAGAUCCUGCUGACGGGAGGGGGAGGCAACUGCUUUUCCUUCGGCACUUAUUUCAACCCCCACACAGUGGCAUUAGAUCUUUCUUCCUUAAGUACAGGCCAAUAAAGACUGACUCCUGGUAGAUUCAGGACCCAAGAAUGAAUAUGAUGUAAAUAUUGCCACACACCCCAACACACACCUUUCUUACCACACUAUUGAAUGUGAAAACAAGUGUUAAAUACCAACGAUAAGAUAGUACAGAAAUCAAACAGUUAAAAGGAGUGUCCAUGCAUCCUAGGGGUCUCAGCAUCAUGCACCCAGUUUAUUGGGUUUCUACCGAUUUAAAUCUUAGCCGUUUACAACAACAACAACCCUUAGCCUAAGUAAGAAAUUUCCUAAACCGGGUCAGGGGCCUAGAUUAUAUUUUGGAGAAAGUUUCACACAGAUCCUUGGUAAGAAUACAAGACAAUAUAGAUCAGGAAUACAGUAUUGACCUGUUGCUUUGUGUGUAAAAUAGGAAAUGAGCACUGUAGUUUAAAGACUUAGUUUGAACACAAGACUGGCCUUAACAAUGAAAAGUACAACUUUAAAAUCGUGCUUUUCAUCACUUUUUUUGCUAAUAUUUUGCAAGUGCUAAUAAACCAGACAUUUAAUUCCUUAUUCAGUUUUGUACCCGGUAUAAUAAAUGUCCCAGGUCUUACUCCGCCUCUCACUGCCAGCCAUCACUGUUCUGAGCCUGCAAGCAGCUUAGAUUGACAGACGGCAUCAGCCAGCUCUCUUCUAGUUUCUGGUUGAGAGAGAGCAGAAAGUGAGCCAUAGUAGUUGUGGCUCUUCCUCUGCCAGUCUGCACAUUGACGCGGUGGUGCUUUCUGUUGUGGUCAUAGCUGCUGUCACGUCACCUGCACAGGAAGGCAGACACUGAUGCUGCAUUGCUUCAGGUUAAAGGAAUUGUUCCUUUUCCUUAACCUCUUCAGACCUAGGAGCUGUGCUGGCUCUUUGUCAGAGCCAAGCUGCCUUAUCCAGUGUAGUGUGCUAGUUACUUUCCUUCCUUUUGCAGUAAAGAAACACCGUGAACAAGGCAGCUUGCAGAAGGAAAGGUUUACUUGAGUUUUCUGGUUCCGGAGAUAAGCAUCCAUCCCAGUGUGGUGUCUGGAUGCAGGGAUGCUGAGAAAGCACAUCCUCUACCAUCAGCGCAGAGCACAACCUGCAAAUAGGGAGCGGCCCUAAGGCCUCAGACAGUCCCCGUUGCCACCUCACCCAUCCCACCCCAUGCCAUAUUUCCUUUAGCAGAGACACACCCCAUAAACACCCCAAGUAGCGCCACCAUCUAAGGACCAAGUGUUCAAAUUAAUUAGUCUAUUGUCAUUCAAACUAUCACAAGUAGUAAUUAGCAACUUGUGACAAUCUAAAACCAUUAAAUAUCGGGACUGUCGUGUACCUUAUGAUCUGCAGUCAUUAAACUCCCCUCAGUUAUGCCUUAAA